AUGUGCAUACAGCAAAACCACAAGUGCAAACAGUUGAGUUACCCCGAUGAUCUGCCUCAAAUUGCUGUGGUGUUCAUCUUUGUAAAUGAAGCCUUAUCUGUAAUACUACGGUCGGUGCACAGUGUAGUCAACCACACUCCAUCUCAUCUCCUGAAAGAGAUCAUUCUUGUAGAUGAUAAUAGUGACAAUGUUGAACUGAAAUUCAACUUGGACCAGUAUGUGAAUAAGAGAUAUCCAGGUCUUGUGAAAAUAGUCCGUAAUACAAGAAGAGAAGGACUAAUUCGGGCUCGCAUACAAGGAUGGAAGGCAGCCAGUGCACCGAUUGUUGGAUUUUUUGAUGCUCAUGUGGAGUUCAACACUGGAUGGGCCGAACCUGUUAUUACAAGGAUCAAAGAAGAUCGAAGCAAAAUCAUUUUACCAGCAAUUGACAACAUCAAGUACAACACAUUUGAGGUACAACAGUAUGCCAAUGCAGCCCAUGGAUAUAAUUGGGGCUUAUGGUGCAUGUACAUCACUCCUCCUCAGGAUUGGCUGGAGAAAGGAGAUGAGUCUGCUCCAAUCAGGACUCCAGCGAUGAUUGGCUGCUCCUUUGUGGUGGACAAAGCUUACUUUGGAGAAAUUGGACUGUUGGAUCCUGGCAUGGAGGUGUACGGAGGAGAAAAUAUUGAACUUGGCAUGAGAGUCUGGCAAUGCGGGGGCAGUAUGGAAGUUUUGCCUUGCUCCAGGGUUGCUCAUAUUGAACGAACAAAGAAGCCUUACAACAAUGACAUUGACUACUAUGCAAAGCGUAAUGCCCUAAGAGCUGCUGAAGUGUGGAUGGAUGAAUUUAAGUCCCAUGUCUACAUGGCAUGGAACAUACCCAUGACGAAUCCUGGAGUGGACUUUGGAGAUGUAUCUGAAAGAAUAGCCCUCCGUCAGACACUGCAGUGUCGUAGUUUUAAGUGGUACCUGGAGAAUGUAUACCCUGAAAUGAGGGUAUAUAAUAACACUAUUACUUAUGGAGAGCUUCGCAACAGUAAAGCAACAGGUUAUUGUCUGGAUCAAGGUUCUGAAGAUGACAACAAAGCCAUUUUGUACCCAUGCCAUGGCAUGUCUUCACAGUUGGUACGCUACAGUGCAGAGGGGCUGCUCCAGUUAGGUCCCCUGGGCUCCACUGCCUUCUUACCAGAUACAAAGUGUUUGAUUGACGAUGGCAAAGGAAGAACUCCCACGCUGAAGAAAUGUGAUGACAUACCAAGGCCAACCCAAAAACUGUGGGAUUUCACACAGAAUAGUCCCAUUGUCAGCAGAGACACAGGUCGCUGCCUGGAGGUGGAGAUGUCAAAGGAUGCUAACUUUGGACUAAGGCUGGUGGUGCAGAGGUGUUCAGGACAGAAAUGGAUUAUAAGAAACUGGAUAAAACAUGGACGGAAUUGAUACUUUUGGAAAGAAGGGGUGCGCGACCCAGACCUGGAAUACGCAUACAGAAAUGCCUUCUUGGUUACACAAGGAAAGCGGACAUUUCUUACCAUCUGCUCAUGGACCACUGAACAUCACAUGAUAAUAGUCCUUCCACUGAGUGGAUUGACUGUCAUGGAUCUUGUGUGGAAACGCCAAAUAGUUGAGUCAGACAGAGCCCUUCGAAAAAUGCAGAUUUAUAUGACAAAGAAGAGUUUAAGCUUGUACUUUGGGAGGAUAGCAUGGAAAGGAUUUUUUCUGCUGGUAGAUUUUGUGUUACAGACUGGUGCACAACUGCUACAAUGGAUUAUCAUGUGCCUUUUAAAUUGUACUUCCUACACAAGAGAACAGGACAUCCCUCACAUCAGCAUGUGUGAUUAUUUGUGUUAAAUUAUAUGUAAAUAAGAUGCAAAUGUAAGGCAGCAAUAAUCACCAAUGGGCAAGGAAUCUCCUGGUAAUAGAAGGAGGCCAGCAAAAGGUCUGAAGUGUCACUAGUGCAGAUACUGUUCAUAACAAUAAGAUAACAAAGCUUUUCUUUGAUU